CAACACGCCCCUCUCUUCUCAUACAAACCCUCUCUACAAAAGCCUAUAAAUCAUCAUCUGUUCAUAUAAAAGAGAAAUCUUUUCAAAUUUUCACCGCUAUUUUUGCAACCCCUUUGCUCGAAUUUCACCAAUUUCGCUUCUAUUAUCGUAUUGAUUCAUCUACCCGUUGAGAAUUUGAAGAAAACCUAAAGUUGUGGAACGAUUUGGCCUAAAAUAGUAAAGCGAUCGAGAAAAGGGAUUUAUGGCAGAUCAAAUGUUGGAGGGUAGCCAGCCAGUUGAUCUCUCCAAGCAUCCAUCUGGAAUUGUUCCUACUCUUCACAUUUGUGAAUUCUGUACAUUUAGGAACAUUGUGUCUACUGUCAAUCUGGAUUGCAAACUAGACCUCAAGGCGAUUGCACUACAAGCUCGGAAUGCAGAAUAUAAUCCAAAGCGUUUUGCUGCCGUUAUCAUGAGGAUAAGAGAUCCAAAAACAACGGCUUUAAUCUUCGCUUCUGGGAAGAUGGUCUGUACAGGAGCCAAGAGCGAACAGCAGUCAAAACUGGCUGCACGGAAGUAUGCUCGGAUAAUUCAGAAACUCGGGUUUCCAGCCAAAUUUAAGGAUUUCAAGAUUCAGAAUAUUGUUGGCUCUUGUGAUGUUAAAUUUCCUAUUAGACUUGAAGGCCUUGCGUACUCUCAUGGUGCCUUUUCAAGCUAUGAACCAGAACUGUUCCCAGGAUUGAUUUAUCGAAUGAAACAACCAAAAAUCGUUCUGCUUAUCUUUGUUUCUGGGAAAAUUGUUCUUACCGGAGCUAAGGUUAGAGAUGAGACUUAUACUGCAUUUGAAAAUAUAUAUCCGGUUUUGACUGAAUUCAGGAAGAACCAGCAAUGAUCAUAUGGAUACGUUCGAUCAAACAGGCUUAUGGGUGAUAAGGGGCUCGGAUUGGCAUUUGGGUUUGAACACGAAAAAUGUAAAUAUGUGAUGGAAAUCGAUAGCCAAAAGAAACUGAAGCUCUUUGUUGGGGUUAGAUAAAGUUCAUCGGCCCAUUUUCUGGGGUCUCCAUCCCUUGCUUCUCUGAUUAUGAUCGUUUUCGAACCAUUUUGACAAUUCACGGGGUUGAUAUGAUUGAAAACAAGCUCUUUUUGGUUAUCGAACUUCUUUACUUGUUUAUGUGUGAACUUGGAACCGACAUUCAAGCUCUAGGCUUGGUGCGGGUGGUCAAAAAUAGCUAGCUCUUUUGCUUUGCGUAACGCUUGGAUGAUGGCUUGGACCCUGGUGUCAUUGAUGGUGUCUGGUUUGAUGAAACGCUUGGAUGAUGGUUUGGGUCUUGGUGUCGUUGAUGAUGUCUGGUUUGAUGCAAUGAAAUCGUUCGUUGUUUAGAUGUCAAA